UGGCGCGAUCCUCCCGACUAUAGACGCAAUCCGUCGCCAUCCGAUCCCAUCGCCGCCCGUCACGGUCUCGGCGGUGGUUGUGACUCGGCGCGGUUCACCGAAGCGCCCCGCAGGGCCGGCACGUUCGGUCAUGGCGGAUUCCGCGGCGGUGCUGGGGACGGUCGUGCAGGAAAUGCCUGGCGAAACGACAGAAUCUGCACUUGCUGCAGAGCAGCAGCCGCAGCAAACUAAGCAAAUGCAAGAAGUUCAGGUUGAAUCGGCCAAUACUACUGGCUUAGAAAGCCCCCUUUCUAGUUUAGUUGCAGGCACGCAACCCCCUUCAUCAUCCAGUGUCCCUCAAUCCCCCCCAUCUAUCCUCGCCCUUUCUGAUGCCGACCAUUUUGUUCCCGUGGCCCUGCUUAGGCACAAUUCAGACUCGCCCGACACUGUCGUGGGCGACAUUGCAUGCGAAUGUUCAUUUGUUGAGUCUUUAGAUCGGCGUGACCCUCUCACAGCUCACGCUUCUCGAGCACCGGGUGAAAUUAAACGUGUUGAAUCACUUGAUGGCAACUGUCCAAGUUUAACACCAACUCGCACGACUGCAUCACAAAAAGUUCCAUUCUACCAGGAGGGUUGUGUUCAUGCAGUGGGUUUAGAGGAAGGUUGCGCACCUCAUUUCUGCCAGGAACAUCAUCACAUCUCAUGUUGUUCUGAAGAAUGCCCCAUGCAGCAUGAAGAAACUUCAGACUUUGCCGCCAUGGAACGUGAAGAAUACGAUGUAAAUGAAUCUGCAUCAUCAGAAUCUUGUAAUUCGUACUGUUUAGGCGACGAGGCUGAUGUUCACAGUGCUGCAUUCCAAGAGAUUCCUUUUGAUUAUAUACAGUCAGAGUUGGAAACUCCUGUGGCUUCAGAUAUAGAAUUUUCCCAGGUAAGUGAUGGAGAAAAGGAUGCAUUUUUCAGCAUUGCUUCUUCGUUUUCCAUAAGGUCUGAAGACAGUGAUACAGAGCAACAUGCUAUAUCCUUUGCAGAGAUGAAGUUUGACGUUUGCGAUUUUGAAAAUGAGCUUUACUUCACUGCACCUUCAUCGCCAAUAAUGUCACCAAGACACCGGUCAAAGAGGCCAUUGAAGGCUAUAAAGAGAGCAUUUGGAUCUCGACAGUCGUCCAGCUCUGAAGCUUUGUUCAAUGCUGAAGAUAGAAGUGGAGCGCAAACUCCAGAUUUAGUUGUACGCAAAGCAAAACGUCAGUAUGUGACUAGCCAUCAGCCAUUCGAUUAUGAUUGUAACUGUUGUGACAUAACAACUGCUUCAAGAAGCACCCAGCUUUCAUGUAAAAAAGAUCCCGGAAUGCCUUUGGUACAGCGUUUUGCUGUAGAUCAACAUGAGGGUGCAGGUACCCUGCCUUGCACUUCUGUUUGUGAUAAAUGUGAAAUUUUCAGUGGUAGUAAAAUGCAGAUAAUUCAUUCAUGUAAUGCUUAUUUCAUGCCUGAGGCAACUGCAAUAAAUACCAUGCAUGUUCAAGCUGGCCAUGUUAAUGUUGAUGCUGCUAGUAACGCUGUAUAUCAUUGUGUGCCAUCAAGCAACACCGACUGUUCUGUUGACUCCUCUGCAGUCUUUUUGGAUAGACCUUUAGUAAAUCGCUCGGACAAGACGUCUUUGGAAGACGAAUCCGACUUUACCUGCACUUUUUCCCAUCUUGACAAGCCUGCAUAUUCUGUGACUGUUGGAGCUGAUGAAAAUGAUGAAAUAUUGUUAUCGGAAGAUCAUUCAUUUGAAGAAAAAGAGAGUCUCGAUUUUCCUUCCGACUCUGAAGCUGAAAUGCAAGAAUGUUGCAUCUCUAGUCAUUUAACCGACCAUAUGUAUUGUUCCACAGGAGAAGACAUUGCAAUUGGGGAAAAAUAUGAGGCCAAAAAUAUUUUAAGUUCUGCAGACACUUGUUUGCCAGAGAGUUUGGUAGAUGCUUUAGCCAGCGAAGCAUCUUUAAACCAAGUUGUUCAAUCAGGUGUUCUUGUGUCUGAUGCAAUUGAAUCUGAUCAUCGAAUCUCCAACGUCUUUAACAAUGAUCACACAUGUUUGUAUGAAGUGAUUUCUCCAAAACCACGUUUGUCUUUGUCGCUUGAGGAAUUGCCAUUUGAUGACAAAAGUAUGGAUGCUGAGGUUGACAUAUUGGAUAACAUAGAAUAUAAUCAGGAAAUAUCAGGAAAUGAAGUUCCUCUAGCCAUUGAAGACAACUUUGCAGAAUGUGAUUUUCAGUCAUGUAAUGUAGCAAAAAAGAACGUAUGCAACACAGAUGACAGCAUCUUAGAUUGCUCUGAAUUUCUUGUAAAGGCUGUAGUGGAUGAUAUUAAAAAUAACAACGUGGCAGACCAAGUCCAUCCAACUACAGACCCAUGGCAUUACUCACCGUCUGUGAACAAUUUAAUGACCACGCCUCCGGCAGAAAUCUAUGAAACUGUAACCUUUGAUAAAAAUCAAUCAUCACUUACAAAUGCUGUGCUAAGGGAUGCAAGAUGUUCACAAGAAGAGAAGAAGAAUAACAAUGAUGUGUGCAAUAUUAAAAUGUUUAUCAAAAGUGAAAUACUUGAAUGUUCAGCUGUGCAUGGGCUGUCUGAAGAAUUAAAAAAUCCUGGUUAUCCAUCAUUACAAACAGUGAUAAGUGGGAAGGAACAACCUGAAACAUGCAGUGCUGUUGAUGCUAAACUUGGGCAGGUGCUUUUGGAGCUUAAGCCUGAUGCACUUAGUAAAACUACUGCAGAGACUGCUACCAUAUCAAAUAGCACUAUGCAAAAUGAAAGCUUUCACCAAGAUAACAUUUUACUUGAGCAUGAUGAUACAUGCCUAACUUUGUCGAAUUCAGAUCUUGAAAUUGACACUGUUCAGAAAAAGGAUCUGGAAAAUACGCAUUUGGAAUCUGAUUGUUCAUUUGGAGGCCACAUUGGGAUGGUGUGCCCGUUAUUGCCCGUGUCCAAAAUAAAUGCAGCAACCGAAGAACGAAAUUCAUCGCAUGAGCAGGCACCAGUUGCCCUUGUCCUCUCCACCCCGUGUAGGGAUCAAACACAAAGGGCCGUGGAGAGCACAACUGUAGAAAGUGGGUCUGCUUUUAGCUUUAGUAAAGCUGAUCAUGUUAAGCAAGCUUCUUUUCCUAUUCUUGACCCUGUUGCCUUCCCUGAACCCACAAUGCUGACCAAGCCAAUUGUGGCUGAGGAUACUUCUGAGACAGGAUUCUCCAAAUCAGUGGGAGGUUUCCCCACGCAUUCCUCGUCCACUCUUGAGCGUGUCUGUCCAAAGGCUAAUACAGCUGCUACUCUGCCAGAUCCUCUGCAGGCUUGCCCUUCCCCUUCUCAAGAAUCCUUUCCUGUGUCAAUUGCAGCAAUUUCAUCUGCUGCUGUCAAUGAGCCUUCUCUUACUUCUCAGUCUUAUUUAGAUAUGAUUCAGCCUCCUGUUUCUCAAUCUGCAGCUAAUGUACCUAACCCAGACGCCAGUCCUCAGUCACUUGCCCCUGAUUUUACAGAUACCAAAUUUAAAGGAAUUGCUGCACAGCAUCAGCCAAUACUGGCUGCUCCAGAAGCCAACACUAAAUCAGCAGCAGCGUAUUCUGCCCUUGAGUCACCCGUUACAUCUGCUGUUUCUGUUGAGGUCAAUCAGAUACCUAUUCCCCAGCCCAAACUAGAAACUCCUAACGCCCUAUCUAAAACUGGUGAUGUUAAACAGGCCCCUGAAGCUCAGGCUAAAGCAUGGGUUCUGGCGAAACCAGCAUCCCCCGAGGCUAAACCAGCUGCCACCGAGACUAAAACAGCUUCCCCCGAGGUCCAGGCUAAGCCAGCUUCCCCCGAGGUCCAGGCUAAGCCAACUACCCCUGAGGUGCAGGCUAAGCCAGCUUCCCUCGAGGUCCAGGCUAAGCCAGCUACCCCUGAGGUCCAGGCUAAGCCAGCUUCCCUCGAGGUCCAGGCUAAGCCAGCUUCUCUCGAGGUCCAGGCUAAGCCAGCUUCCCCUGAGGUCCAGGCUAAGCCAGCUUCCCUUGAGGUGCAGGCUAAGCCAGCUUCCCCUGAGGUGCAGGCUAAGCCAGCUACCCAUGAGGUGCAGGCUAAGCCAGCUUCCCCUGAGGUACAAGCUAAGCCAGCUUCCCCUGAGGUCCAGGCUAAGCCAGCUACCCCUGAGGUCCAGGCUAAGCCAGCUACCCCUGAGGUGCAGGCUAAGCCAGCUUCCCCUGAGGUCCAGGCUAAGCCAGCUUCCCCCGAGGUCCAGGCUAAGCCAGCUACCCCCGAGGUCCAGGCUAAGCCAGCUUCCCCCGAGGUCCAGGCUAAGGCAGCUUCCCCUGAGGUCCAGGCUAAGCCAGCUUCCCCCGAGGUCAAGACUAAACCAGCUUCCCCCGAGGUCCAGGCUAAGCCAGCUUCCCCCGAGGUCAAGACUAAACCAGCUGCCCCCGAGGUCCAGGCUACACUAGCUGCCCCCGAGGUCCAGGCUACACCAGCUGCCCCCGAGGUCCAGGCUAAACCAGCUUCCCCCGAGGUCCAGGCUAAACCAGCUUCCCCCGAGGUCCAGUCUAAACCAGCUGCCUCCGAGGUCCAGGCUAAACCAGCUUCCCCCGAGGUCCAGGCUAAGCCAGCUGCCCCUGAGGUCCAGGCUAAACCAGCUGCCCCCGAGGUCCAGGCUAAACCCGCCGCCCCCGAGGUUCAGGCUAAACCAGCUUCCCCCGAGGUCCAGGCUACACCAGCUGCCCCUGAGGUCCAGGCUAAACCAGCUUCCCCCGAGGUCCAGGCUAAACCAGCUGCCCCCGAGGUCCAGGCUAAACCAGCUGCCCCUGAGGUCCAGGCUAAGCCAGCUGCCCCUGAGGUCCAGGCUAAACCAGCUUCCCCCGAGGUCCAGGCUACACCAGCUGCCCCUGAGGUCCAGGCUAAACCAGCUUCCCCCGAGGUCCAGGCUACACCAGCUGCCCCUGAGGUCCAGGCUAAACCAGCUUCCCCCGAGGUCCAGGCUAAACCAGCUGCCCCCGAGGUCCAGGCUAAACCAGCUGCCCCUGAGGUCCAGGCUAAACCAGCUGCCCCCGAGGUCCAGGCUAAACCAGCUGCCCCCGAGGUCCAGGCUAAACCCGCUGCCCCCGAGGUCCAGGCUAAACCAGCUGCCCCCGAGGUCCAGGCUAAACUAGCUUCCCCUGAGGUUCAGGGUAAACCAGCUGCCCCUGAGGUUCAGGCUAAACCAGCUGCCCCCAAGGUUCAGGCCAAACCAGCUGCCCCGGAAGUUCAGGCCAAACCAGCUGCCCCCGAGGUUCAGGCUAAAGCAGCUGAUAAUGAGGCUAAAUCCACUCAAGAAUUGGUCGAGGCUAAACCAACUGACCCAAAAGCCCAGGUUAAAUCAACUGCUCUCAAGGCCCAAGCUAAAUUAGCCCCUGAGGUUCACGAAAAAUCAGCUGUUCAUGAGUUAGCUGCCCCAGUUGCCCAGUCUAUACAAUCUGCACAUGAACCACUUCCACCAGUUGAACCGCAACAAAAAGCAGCUGUUAAAGUCCAGUCUAAGAAAAUUGACUCGGAGACUCAGUCUAAGAAAGACCAACCUAAGCCUCCUGCUCAAAAUGCUAAACUUAAGGCAUCCCCAUCCGAAGCCAAGUCUAAGCCUGACCCGAGUCUGGCUACACCUGAGCUCCAUGCUAAAGGCACCAAAACUAAAGCUGAGGCCAAAGUACAAGUUCCAAAGUCUCCUAAAGGAAAACCUGAAAAACCAUCAGCCACCAACCUUUCCUCUCCUGCUGCCCCUGUGGUACCUUCAAUCAUUGAAGAUGAACUGCCCCCCCUCAUUCCAUUCAAGGACAACGGCCCAGACCAUACAAUAUUAGAAACCCCUGUAGUUCUGGAUGGUGGGCCCACCCUGAAGCCAGCUGUAGUGAAGCAACCCGUCAUUAUCAAAGACAAGGGCUCUGGGACAGACUCGGACAGCGAUGACUCCAUUCCUGAACUGGAAGAAAGAACAGACAAAACCCUGCAGUCAGAGUCGCAGCAGGCUCAGCUUGCAGCUGCUGCAGAGCUCAAUGAAGAGAUGGUCAGCAAGGCCAAGCAGAGCCGCAGCGAGAAGAAAGCUCGCAAGGCCAUGUCCAAGCUGGGACUGCGGCAGGUUGCGGGAGUGACCCGCGUCACCAUCCGAAAGUCCAAGAACAUCCUCUUUGUCAUCACCAAGCCCGAUGUCUUCAAGAGCCCGGCUUCGGACACGUACAUUGUCUUCGGAGAGGCCAAGAUUGAAGACUUGUCCCAGCAGGCGCAGAUGGCAGCUGCUGAGAAGUUCAAGGUGCCAGGGGAGGCAGCACCAGGUGUGCAGGAGAGGGUGCAGCCAGCACCAGUGCAGGAAGAGAGUGAAGAGGAAGAUGAGGUUGACGAGGGAGGGGUGGAGGCCAAGGACAUCGAGCUUGUGAUGUCCCAGGCCAAUGUGUCUCGCUCCAAGGCUGUGCGCGCGCUCAAAAACAACAGCAACGACAUAGUCAAUGCCAUCAUGGAGCUGACAAUGUAGCUGCUGCCAAGACAACAGUAGAGUAAUGCCAGGAAAGGUUUGGCGCCGUUUGCAUUGAGCUGUAUCUAAAUAAAAUUAUCACAUUUA